UUCUCUGUCUCCCUCGGCGCCACAUCCCGACAUCGGGCAGAACGCCUAUACGACCAUGCUGUCAUCGUUUUGCCGGUCUCUCAUGGUCUGUGGCUCUCUCCCAACUACGGUCUCCGUACAGCGUACAACAUCCAGCUGAAGUCAACGAUGGACAUCGAGCAGUUCAGGAAAGAAGGCUACAAGGCGAUCGACGCGAUAUGCGAGUAUUAUGCCGGGCUUGAGCAGCGGCCUGUUGUUGCCCAGGUCGAGCCUGGAUACCUUUCCAAGCUUGUUCCAAAUGAAGUGCCCGAGAAGGGAGAGCCUUUCCCUUCCAUCGCGGCCGAUUUCCAGCGACUCAUCCUCCCGGGCAUCACCUCCUGGCAGCAUCCUUCUUUCUUCGCCUAUUUCCCCUCCAAUGCCACGUUCGAAGGCAUGCUCGCUGAUCUAUACGCGAGCAGCGUGACGAACCCGGGGUUCAACUGGGCAUGCUCCCCUGCGUGUACGGAGCUGGAGAGCGUGGUUAUGGACUGGGCGGCGAAGAUGUUGGGAUUGGACGAGGCUUUUUUGGUACAAAGCGGAGUGGGAGGUGGAGUCAUCCAAACAAGUGCAUCCGAUUCUGCCUUGGUUGCGAUAGUCGCUGCGCGUUCUGCCUUCCUCCACGCUCACCCCAACGUCUCACCCUCCGAUCUCCUGAUCUAUGGCACAAGCCAGACCCAUUCUCUAGGAGCCAAAGCAGCCCUGAUCUUGGGCUUGAACUUCAAGGCACUGGAGGUGUAUCCGACCUACCAGUAUGGGCUGAGGGGCAGCACACUGCAGAAGGCGAUCUUAGAGGACAGGCAGAAAGGAAAACACCCGUUUGUGCUAAUCGCGACACUCGGCACCACCUCGACUGGUGCGAUCGACUGCAUGCCGGAGAUUGGUCCUAUAGCCAAAGAAGCCGGAUUGUGGAUGCACGUCGAUGCUGCGUGGGCAGGCAUCACGCUCAGCUGCCCCGAGUACAGAGAGAAGGCAUAUCUGAAGGAUAUCAACCUGCAUGCGGACUCUUUCUGCACCAACUUCCACAAGUGGGGCCUGACGAACUUCGAUCUCUCUGCCCUUUGGGUUCGUUCACGCACCAAGCUCACCGAUGCCCUCGACGUCACCCCAGCAUUUCUGCGUACGAAACAGUCCGACGCAGGUAUGGUGAUCGACUACCGGAACUGGCAGCUUUCCCUAGGCCGCAAGUUCAGGAGCAUCAAGCUCUGGUUCGUCCUCCGCUCGUACGGUGUAGAGGGUUUGAGAGCGCAUAUACGAAAGAGUGUUGCCCUUGCAACGCACUUCGCCGACUUCGUCCAGGAAAGUUCGAUAUUCGAGCUUUGCACACCGCAGAGCUUCGCCCUCGCUGUCUUCCGCCUUGCCCCCAAGGAUGUCGAGACACCGUUAACGCAAGAUCAGCUUAACGGGCUGAAUCGCACGUUAUUCCACAAGAUCGCAGCACGCUCGGAUAUCACCAUCACCCAAACAGACGUCUUGGGUAUGUUCUGCCUGCGGCUCGCGGUAGGGGCGCAGAGGACGGAGGAGAGGCAUAUAAGGAGAGCAUGGGAGAUCAUCAGUACUGCUGGUGUGGAGGUGUGGGCUGACUACCAAGCUGGGAAGCCGGUGCCUGUGGAGAAUGGGACGCACUAG